AUGAAUUAUUCCCUUCCAAUUUAUUUUGUUGCAUUUGUUCUGAUAGUUUCGGCAAAGUAUAGUAAAAAUAAUGCAAAAGAAAUGAGUAGUCGAACUGAUUCCAAUCUGUACUGUUCAACGUUUCCCAAUGAUUUAGCUAUAAUCAGUACUAAAACGUUAACGAUCAACGUAAAAGUUAGCUGGGAUUGUCGCAUAUCAAACCAGGGUAUCAUCAACAAUGGAAAUUGUGCUACAAUUAAUUAUCGACAACAAGUUGAUACCUUGUAUCUCCACUGUUUACCUUUAUACUUACCACAAAUAUUUUGUUUGAAAAAUCUUCAAUUACUCAAUAUCAGUGGAUGCCAUGAACAAUGGGAAAUACCGUUGGAUAUCGUUUCCAUAACAAACUUAAAAAAUCUUUCAUUGGUUCAAAUUCAACUUCAUGAUAUGUCAAAAAUAGUUCAGCUUCGAUCACCAUUAACCUAUUUAGAUUUGUCAAAAAAUCAAAUUACAACAAUCUUAUCAGAAAUUACAACAUUUUCAAAAACAUUAACUCAUUUAAUACUUUCGGAAAAUCGUUUACAAAACGUGCCCAUAGAAUUAGUUUCGAUGGAAAAAUUGGAAUAUUUAAAUAUAAAAAAUAACUGGUUUACAGAUGAUGAAAAAGCAAGAAUUAGAAAUUUAUUUGUGAUUAAUAAAAAAAUUCAACUCAUUUUAUAA